AAAAAAUAUAUCAAAACGAAUAUAUUUUUUCAUAUUAUUAAAUAUGUAAGCUUGUUAGUUAUUAAAUAUGUUCGUUACAGAUUCCUCGUGAGCGUAAACCUGUAACUAACGAUAUAGAAUUCGGGUGUUCAGGACGAAAGGGCAACGACACGAUUGAUUAAUUGCAAAUUGAUAAAACUUGAGAUAUGACAGUUGAAAUUUUGGAGAAAUUCUGGAAGCAAGUGUAAAGAUUAGUUGGUCGAUAUAGUUUAAUCACGGUUGUAUUAAUACGGGGAAAAGUGUGUUGUUUAAAUCGUCGAUUACCGAUAUUAAGUCGCACGAGCGAAUAAAAAGUACUUUCUUAAAGACCUCGAUGCAUUUACGCGAUCCUCCUACACCAUUUAACCCCCUAUCUCUAUCGAUUUUCUUAAAGGUAACGAAGUCGAGUUACUCCUAGGAGACCAUUGCCUCCUACCAAAUCGUAUUCAGUUAUCGAUGCAACGCGAAACAAACGGUAGCGUACAACGCGUUUUGUCCGUUCGUUCGGUCGUUCGUUAGUGAAUGUAACAUGAAAGAAAGAUUUCGUUAUAAAGUUAUCUCGUAACAGAGUAUCGGGUGUUUCUUGUACGGUGCGUUUUUUGUUUCCGCGUAAACCGUAAAAUCGAUCGGUUUCAUUACUUAUCCGUAGAGAAGUUUUAUUUCGGAGUAAACGGAGAAAUUGUCGACGAAUUAAAAGAAAGGGUUUCGCGACGGAAAUGGAUCACCGAUAACACGUUCGAUAACGCCGAGUGAAUUUAAACCGGUACGAUCACAACGACAAAAAGUAGAAAACGUGUUUAACGGUGCAAAGUAGAGACAACUAAGAACGUAUUUGUCUAAAGAUCGUCUGAACAACAUCGAAGCCGUAAUCCGUGAAAGGAAUAAGCGAAAGGCUAACUUCGAAACGUUGGUGGGGCGCUACUUUUGAUGGAACAUAACUUCCUCGCAACGCGUAUACUACUAGUCCGAUUAUAUACGGUUUUAUUUCACUGGCGCGCGUCCCGAUUGUCCCAAAGUUCGAAAACUCUGUACGAUCGGCAGUCUGUCGAUCUGUUCCAAAGCUUUCCAAAAGCUUGGGAUUGGAACACUGUCGCGGAAAGAGAUCGCGAUCGAACCCACGAGAAAAGAUGAAGAACACGGUGGAAAAGAUGUUGUAAGACGACGAUGAAGAAAGAUGAUCUUCGAUCCAAUCUCCGACGAACAGAGAAAACGUUUUUUUCGACAGAAUUAUGGCGCUCAUUUACCUGGCUAUACCGGUCAUUGUCCUACCCUUAAAUUUCGAGUUGGAAAACGAUUCGGCGCGUGUACGGAAGAAAUAAUGAAGGAAUUACUUGAAAAAAGAAUUCUGAAAGAAGGCCCUUAUAGACCGAAUUCGCGUGGAAGGGACUCGCGCGAUAAUACAUCGAUGUUUUACGAGAAGGAUACGAAAGCAGAGUGGAAGAACGAAACGCAUUUGUUCAGAGCACCUCCGUAUAUCCUGGGAUAUACUGGAUACAUUCCUGGAUUUAAUAGCAGAUACGGUUUAUCCUUUAUGAGAGCCGUGGAAGAAGGAGCUCGGGAAUGGCGUGAAAAUCAAAAUAAACUAAGAGCUCGUAAAGAAAUAACGAGAACUCGCGUCGAAGGAUGCAAUCCUGACAACGACGUUUUGCACCGAGCGAGGACCGGUGAUCUAGCCGGCGACAUCGAUCAUGGCCAACAUAAACGAUUUCGUAUGUUGACCGUAGACAAUUCUCUACGCAAGACAAUUUACUCCGCUCUCGUGCGUUAUUCAGAUAUAUUAUUUACAGAUUACGAACUGUCGCCCGAAAGACCGCCGAUCGUUGGUUAUACGGGUCACAUCCCAGGCGCGAGAGGAGAAGUAGCGCUUUCGAAGAGAUACGCACAAGCGGCGAAAAAGGGCCUGGAACUGGUUCGUAAAGAACGCGAAGAAAGGUUAAGUAAAGCAGGAAAUACGAAUACGGUACAUAAUACGGUGUUAGAUCGAGCGAACGUCGAUCAACUUGCUAUUAUGCCACUAUAGAUCUUCGUGCAAACUUCCAAUCGUUACAAACACUUCGCUUAAUUCGAGCUAACGAGAUGACAAUCUUUUCUAUCGAUUAAGUAAAUAUGAAAAUCGUGGCAAAACUACACCAACAUUAUUCUUUUACUCUCUUCCGUAAUACAAAUUACCUAGUAAUUUUAGGAGUUUUAGGAG